CGGCUAACUCAGUCAGUCAGCCGCGAGCCGCGGUGAACAGAAGGUGUGGUGAUUGUUUCUGUGGGUUGACGGGCCAAAAAUGGCGGAGCGUACGAAGACGACAGCCCCGGCCACCCGGCCCGUUCCCAUGAAGCUGUUUGCCACUUGGGAAGUAGAUCGCACAGCACCUAACUGCAUACCCAGGCUGUGCUCCCUAACUCUGACCCGACUGGUCACACUUCGGCCAUUAGGUUCCGAUUUAACUUCCAUCAGCAUCGCGGUGAAGAUGCAAAGCUCGAAGAGGACCCUCCGCUCGAACGAGAUGGCCAUACCAAUCGGUGGCAUGUUGGACACGGAACUGGAGCUUCAAUUUGCCCUUCAAUAUCCCCAUUUCCUCAAGAGAGACGGAAACAAACUUCUUAUACUGUUGCAGAGGAGGAAACGAUAUAAAAAUCGCACGAUGCUCGGAUACAAGACCCUCGCUGAAGGCGUCAUCAACAUGGCACAAGUACUACAGAAGCAAAUGGACCUGGAACUGGAACUGGUGUCGGACAAGGCUGAAAAGUACGGUGGUCAUUCGGUCGUAUUAGCUCGUGUGAGCGUGGUCGCAUUGACCUCUCAGCCAGUCGACCAGGACAAAAGACUGAUGAAUGAACCGAACGAAAGGCUUUGCCCGGAGUAUAGCGACGAGGAGGAGGAAUUCAGCUCAGAGGGCGAGGCGGAGGGCAGCGACAGUGAGCCAACUCUCGAGAUGCACAGGCGGAAGAGCCGAGCGAAGAUUCCAGCCAAUGCCAGGGUAUCAAAAUUUCCCAGAGGACUAGACCGGUUUCAUAUAUGCAAAAAGCAACGAAGUCUUUACUUGUUACAGCAAAGAAAUCUGAAGCAAAAAUUUAUAGCCCUUUUGAAACGACGCUUCAGAGUGUCCGAGGAUCUGGAUCAAGAUCAGGAAGAAAUCGGGCAGAAGCUCUCAGAGUCGUUAACACAGUACGCUGGAUUUGUUAAAGGCGGAGACAUGGAGAUCGAGGAAUUGUUCGACGAACUCGAAGAUUUGUCCGAUAGUGGUCCAGAAUUGGACACCAUGUCCGUCAGUAGCACACCUAAACCAUCCUUACGACCUUUCUUCAGCUCUAGUAGAUCGCUUCUCGCGCCUCCUAAUUCCGUAGUAACCAACGAGGAGACCGGAAGCACUCCUACGACAGCCGUAGGUCAACAGAGCGCAGGUCAGCCAGCUAAAGAGAAACACCGUAUCGGACACACCACUCCAGAACGUGGCGUGGAUAGGCAAAGCGACGAUAGUUCCCGAAGAGCGGACAGCGAUUCGCAUCCAGAAAACUGGACAGAUCACGAGGCGAAUGAUCCACCGAAUUAUGUUCCGGGUUCCCCGCCAAAAUCGGAGCAGCACAAUAAAAGUGAGAGCUCCGACAGGAGGAGCAGACUUUUUACUCGCGAUAGAGGUGCACCGGGUAUCAAUAAGUCGAAAAAACACAACCUCAGCGUGGAUUUAAAACCGCCUGCCGAUUUGAACAGCUCUGAGCCAAGGAAGGCGUUAGUCGAGCAAUUAAGCCGAGUUUUACCGGAUGACAGUUUGCCAGAUUCGGUGUCGUUGGUCUCGUUAGCUGACCCCGGUGGAGCCGUGCUUGCCACGAGACUUCAAGAAAGAAACCACAGGGUUCUGACAACCGCUUCUCCAGCGGACAUUCGUGCCACGUUCACGUGCUUGGUCACGCGAAUACAAAAAUUUUGUAACAGUUCCGCAAAACCUCCAGCGCCCAUUAAGGUGGUGAUCGCUGGCGGUGACAGUUUCAUAAACGCUGUGCUGCGUCAUUACGUGGAGCUCCUCAGCUUCCGACCACCUGAUUGGCAGAAUUAUCUGAGGUUUCUGGUCGUGCCUCUCGGUUCCAAUACACUGUCUAAGUAUCUGAGUUCGGUAGACGCGAAAUACUCGAUGCUGUUCGGCGACGAGUGGAAAGAAUUGCUUGAAAGGGAAGGUGGUGGUGCCAGCGAGGGUGCGGCGAGGGUGUCGGAAUAUUUAGCAGUGGCUGGUACAACCUUACUGCUACCAAUUGCCGAAGCCAUGGUCACGUACAGGGAAACAGACGACAGCAGUCAAAUAUUCAUCCCGUUCAUAAACGACGUUCGGGUAGGAUGUCCAGACAGCAGUUCCUCGGCAUCGGUCGAUCUCGAGGAAAGUAACGUUACCAUGUCCGGUUCCCCACCCUCGUUACCACCCCCAGGGUUACCUGUACCACCUCCUGGAAGAUUAACACCACCCAGCAGCCCCAAUGUUGGUCAACCUUCGAGAGAAGGCUGGGAACCGGUCGAGUUGCAACUCGAUUAUUGGAGCAAACAAACGCAAGGUGAAAAAGGAAAGAACACUUUGAGGCAAGCGUUCAGGGCCUUGCAUGUUCAGAGACUUCCACCCUUGGGAGAAACCCCUGGUCAUCAUCUGUCCAUGAAUUACACCACGAAGGAGAAGAAACAGAAAAUAAUGAGACUGGGUAAAAAGAAAGAGAAAGAAAAGGAAAACGAGCCAAAGAGUCAAACGGUCGAAGGCGUGACGCGACUUAUAUGUUCUGCGAAAACUCACAACAUUCCAUUAAGAGUGAGCAUCGACGGUACCGAGUGGUACGGUGUGAAAUUCUUCCAACUAUCAGCGCAAUGGCAAACGCACAUCAAGACAUUUCCAAUAGCUUUGUUGGAGUACAGUUCUCAGCAACAAGUUCCCAAUCCUACGUAAACUUCCUUUUUCUGUACAUGAGAGAGGCUAGAUAUUUUGCCGAUUUCGUUUGUGUUCAUGGAUAUUGCCAAUUAGGAUCAUCAGCUUAGCUUACGCGCAGAUCCGAUAACCAUCAAAUCCUCGAAACCAAAAACAGCAAAAAAGAGAAAAAAAAUACAUAAGAAAACGCAAUAGAGAACGAGUUUGAACAGUGAUAUCUGCUGCUUUAAACUGGAUAUCGUUGAAGCUGAUUCAGGCAAGUACAUUAAGUGCUGCUUUCUUUUUCAGUUUGGUUCCUCCUCUUCCCUUUUAUUGUUUUUUCCUUCUGUUGCCUAUUGUAGUAUGUAAUUAACGGUUUCAACAAUAUUGUACAUGUAUCUUCGCGUAAAAGAAAUUGUCAAGAGCACGUGAAUAACCGGAGUGUAACAGUGGAAGUGGGUAACACAUAUCGUAUUACAAUUAACAUAGAUAAUGAUGAUAAUGAUGAUGGAUUUCGUUGGUUGUGGAAAUGCCGUAUUGUUUGAAGCAAAAUAUU